AAACGUAAGAAUUCUGCUGACAUCUACUGUUCAUUCUGCAACACUACACUAUACUGUAGCACCGAAAUGUAGUACCACAGGGGAGACAGAGAUGAGAAAAAUUAUGAGCAUGGAGCAGGAGAAGAGAUCAAGGGAGAGGUGCACAAAGAUAAGGUGCUGUCAUGUUGAAGGAAGAUAAUAAAAAAUAGAUUUAUACACAUUUUAUUUUGUUUCUUAAAUCAUAUAUAACUUAUUUCAGAGUUCUUAUUUUGUUUCAUCACUGAAAACACAGCAUACAUACUAUGCAUCACCUACCCCCCUCCUAGCAAGGCUUUUGCUCACUGGGCUGUAUGUACUGUAUGUGGCUUCAUCCCUGCUGUGUGUAAAAUAAAUCGUACUGCAAAAUGCUUUACUGCCAAAGUGUGUUGGAGAUUAGCAUCAUUUUCAUGGCAACUGGCUAUUACAUCCUUAUAGCAUCUCUCUUUUCUUGAUGCAAGGUCGGAGGGCAAGCAGGCAGGCAAAAUAACCAACAUUCUAAAAGUGUCGGUUGGUGACGCUGUCAAUUUCGAUUCAGCUGCAACGUUCUGAAGGUGUCAGUUGGUGAAUUUAAACCGUAACUCUACACGAGAGGACAUGUUUGAGGGUUGCCUGUCAUUGUGUGACCAAAACUCAAGAAUGAUUGCAUUCAGGAAAUUCCUCAACAAGAAAUCCCUGAGGGCUGUCACUGGGGAGUUCCUGGCAACCCUAAUCUUUGUCCUGUUCAGCGUGGGCUCAACAGUAAAUUGGGAAGAGGUGGACGAUCAGCCGCUGCCUGCUUCCCGGCUCCUGAUCUCCAUCUCCUUCGGGCUAAGUUAUGCAGUUAUGGUGAAGUGCUUCAGUGACAUCAGCGGUGCUCACAUUAACCCUGCUGUGACCUUGGCCAUGGUGUUCACUCGGAGGCUCAACAUCGUCAAGGCCUUCAUCUACCUGGUUGCCCAGUGUCUGGGAGCCACCGCAGGCAGUGCCAUCCUGUUCGUGGUGACGCCGGAAAGUGUGAGAGGACACCUUGGAGUGACCUGGGUGAGCUCCAGUCUGACAGUGUUCCAGGCAUUCAUGGUGGAGCUGCUGAUCACAUUCCAGAUGAUCUUUGUGGUGUAUGCCACCUCUGACCCCAAAAGCACUCACCUCAAGGGCUCAGCUGCAGUAGACAUCGGCCUGUCCAUCUCAAUCGGGCACCUGUUUGCGGUACCUUACACUGGAGCGAGUAUGAAUCCAGCUCGCUCGCUUGGACCUGCGAUUGUCACCGGAUUCUGGGAAGACCAUUGGGUGUACUGGGUGGGCCCUAUCCUAGGAGCAAUCAUCGCCGCUGCUCUGCACAAGUAUUUCCUCCACCCGAGCCUGAAGAAGCCCCUGCUGGAUGGUGUUUCUGAGAAGGAGGAGGGAGCGGACAUGCUCCAGGCCACAAACAUGGACGAAAGCAACCAACCAGAGUCUUUCGGCGGCAUCGCUGACCUGGAGGUGGACGAGAGCAACAGGCUGGAGUCUUUAAAUGACAUCAACAUUGAGAACCCCGCAGACAAUGAGUCUGACCUUUUCAGCACGGGAAAGAAGAACGAAGCGCUUUCUGCAGUAUGAUUUAAAGAAUGGACACCGGCGAUUCUGACACACAUUUAACAUUGGUUUUAGUUAGGAAAGUGAAUUGUUACAGUUCCUUGUGUCCCAUGGUCUUUGACAUAAGUAUGGAGGUUAUGCUGUGGAAAUCAGAUGAUGAUCUAUGAUAGCAUGUGCUCUCAUUUGUAAUCUUUCUCAAAACACAAUUCUCUACA